AAUGAAAUGACAUUGACAUUUUACUUAACCCAAUCGCAUAACCUCAAACUACUGUAUAAAUAUUUAAAAACACUAGAAAUAAAUCUGUAUUCGACAUGAAUACGUCAAUUAUAAAACUGUUUCAAUCUAAUCUAAGUUUGGGUUCUCUAGCACAUCGGUCAAUAUUGGAUUCACAGUUACAUACCUCUGCUGCGCUAUGUCGUGUGGUAUCGGGCAAAUACAGGAUAACAAAGAAACGGGACAGGCCUUUGACCUAUGAGAUGGCUAACCCUCCACACUACAUUGCUCAUAGAAAAUCUUGGAACUCAUGGAAUACUUCGAGUCUAAAGGACGGCCUGCGGAGAUCCGAGACAGCAGUGGAAGACGAGUUCAUCCGCAGGUUCAUGACUGGCACCUGGCAUGGUCUUGUCUGCAGUGAGGUCAUUAUAAAACGUCAGUUCAACCACAUCAGAGUAGCAGCAAUCAUAAGGCGAGCUGUGUCACCCACUAAGAUGUAUUUCCUGCUGGGCUACACCGAGGAACUGCUCUCCAACUGGCUCCAGUGCCCUGUGACCCUGGAGUUGCAGACUGUUGAUAGUUUCAAGGAUGUAGUGUUUAAAUAUAUUUAAAUUGAUAGUAAUAGUAUGUAGACAAUGUAAAUAUAGGUUCAGUUGU